UGACUGCCCGCCCGGGGCCCCAGGGAGCGGAGUAGCUAGAGCAGCCGGGGUGAGAGGCACACUAGCCCACUAACUGCCGGCGGGACGGAGAAGCCGAGGGCUGUGCUUGCGCUACUCGGCCUGGGGGCCAACGGUUGUCGGUUGAAGUGAAACUAAGAAAGUGACUAAGCUUCCUUGAAAACGAAAGACAUACUUCAAAAAUCCCCCCCCUCGUCCUCCCCUCCUCUGGUCCUCCUCUGUCCCUCUCCCCUCCUUCCUGCCUUUCCCCUUCUCUGAACUACGCGGGGCUCGGUGUUUUGGCCCUCAGACGCGGGUCCACGCUCCUCGGGAGCCUUGACAAAGAAGCGAGCCUACACCUGUCCUCGCCUUUAUCCAGGGUCCCGAAAGAAAGCCCGCUUUGGCAGAGUUGCCCUAGAGCCAGCCAGACAAAGAGCGGGCAACAGGGAAAGAAGAGAGCUCUUUGCAUGAAAGCUUUGUUUGGAGGGAUUUUAAGGAACACAACAGGAACCGAAAAUGCCGAAACCAAUCAAUGUCCGUGUUACUACCAUGGAUGCGGAGUUGGAGUUCGCUAUCCAGCCCAAUACUACUGGAAAGCAACUCUUUGACCAGGUUGUUAAGACCAUUGGCCUUCGGGAAGUAUGGUACUUUGGCCUCCAGUAUGUGGAUAAUAAAGGAUUUCCAACCUGGUUGAAGCUUGAUAAAAAGGUCUCUGCUCAGGAGGUCAGAAAGGAGAGCCCCCUCCAGUUCAAAUUCCGGGCCAAAUUCUACCCAGAGGAUGUGCCUGAGGAACUGAUUCAGGACAUCACCCAGAAGCUGUUCUUCCUGCAAGUGAAAGAUGGAAUCCUCAGUGAUGAAAUCUACUGCCCACCUGAGACUGCUGUUCUUCUUGGGUCCUAUGCCGUGCAAGCCAAGUUUGGCGAUUAUAAUAAGGAUGUGCACAAGGCUGGGUACCUCAGCUCCGAACGUUUGAUCCCUCAAAGAGUAAUGGACCAGCACAAGCUCUCCAGAGAACAGUGGGAGGAUCGGAUCCAGGUGUGGCACGCUGAACACCGUGGGAUGCUCAAAGAUAAUGCUAUGCUGGAGUAUUUGAAGAUUGCUCAGGACUUGGAGAUGUAUGGGAUCAAUUAUUUUGAGAUAAAAAACAAAAAAGGAACAGACCUUUGGCUCGGAGUGGAUGCCCUUGGGCUGAAUAUUUACGAGAAGGAUGAUAAAUUGACCCCCAAGAUUGGCUUCCCUUGGAGUGAAAUCAGAAACAUCUCUUUCAAUGACAAAAAGUUUGUCAUUAAACCCAUUGACAAGAAGGCACCUGACUUUAUAUUUUACGCACCUCGACUCCGGAUUAAUAAGCGGAUCCUUCAGCUUUGUAUGGGGAACCACGAGCUGUACAUGCGCCGUAGAAAGCCAGACACCAUUGAGGUACAGCAGAUGAAAGCCCAAGCACGAGAAGAGAAGCACCAGAAACAACUGGAGAGGCAGCAGCUGGAAACUGAGAAGAAGAGAAGAGAGACUGUUGAACGGGAGAAGGAGCAGAUGUUGCGAGAGAAGGAAGAGCUGAUGAUGAGGCUUCAGGACUAUGAACAGAAGACCAGGAAAGCAGAGAAGGAGCUCUCCGAUCAGAUCCAGAAAGCCAUUCAGCUGGAAGAAGAGAGGAAAAGAGCCCAGGAAGAGGCUGAGCGCCUUGAGGCUGACCGUGUGGCUGCUCUGCGGGCCAAGGAAGAACUGGAGAGACAAGCUGUGGAUCAGAUAAAGAGCCAGGAGCAGCUGGCUGCAGAACUUGCUGAAUACACCGCCAAGAUUGCUCUCCUAGAAGAGGCCAGGAGGCGCAAAGAGGAUGAGGUUGAAGAAUGGCAGCUCAGGGCCAGGGAAGCCCAAGAUGAUCUUGUCAAGACCAAGGAAGAGCUUCACCAGGUGAUGACUGCCCCUCCACCGCCACCACCUCCUGUGUAUGAGCCCGUGAACUACCACGUGCACGAGAACUUGCAGGAUGAAGGGACUGAGGACAGUGGUUACAGUGCCGAGUUCUCCAGCGAGGGCAUCAUGGACGACCGAAAUGAAGAGGAACGUAUCACUGAAGCUGAGAAGAAUAAGCGUGUGCAGAUUCAGCUGCAGACACUGACAAACGAGCUGUCCCAGGCCAGGGAUGAGAAUAAGAGGACCCACAAUGACAUCAUCCACAACGAGAACAUGAGACAAGGACGGGACAAGUACAAGACCCUGAGACAGAUCCGGCAGGGCAACACAAAGCAGAGAAUCGACGAGUUCGAAGCCAUGUAAAAACGCACUGUGCAGCUAAGAGGGCAGGACUAUGGGAAAAGGCAGAUCUGAACACAUUGACUUUUCUGAGGGGGGUCACUGUAUGACAAGUCAAAAAUAUGUCUUUUUUAGUAUCCUAUCAAUCUAGAAAUUCCCUACCAUAUUCCAGGUUCUCUGAUGGAGAGAGUAACUAUUCGGUGGGGAUAUUCUUGGGGGUGGGGGGAGCAGGGUAGGUAGUGGGGUUGGAGAGAUACCUAGAGAACUUCCCCUUUGUAUGCUAGUGCCAAACAGGCCUGCAGCAGGAUGGGUGUGUGAGAAUGGGUGCCUAUAAAGCCGAUAAAGUGGUAGACAGCACUUCCAGCUAGGAUGUGUGAUGCAUCGAGAUUGAGCGUAAUUAAAGAAAACCACAUUGUGGCCAGACACAGUGCCAUUCCUUGAUUGUCUUCUCUCUGUGUUGGGUUUUGUUUUUGUUUUUUUAAUUCAAAGAAAUUAGCCUAAGAAGUGCCUCCUUCACUUUCCAUCCUAUGCAAGACCUAUCCAUGUUUCUAAAGUGCUGAUUUUGAAAGAUUUGUCUAUUUAAAAAAAAAGGAAUCCCCUCCUUCCUCAAAAUGAUCUCUUUUUCCCGCUUCAGGUAACUUGGUUUAGUUUAAAAAAAAAAAAAAACAGCAAACAUUCCUGCAGUGAUCCCUCAGAAGGAACAA